AUGUCGUCGGAGUAUUCGUUCUGCAGCGAGGGUGGCUUCGACGAGCUCUCAAGCUCCUCCGAUUCUGGUUUCGACGUCAGUUUCGAGUCGCCGAAGCACGAAGUGCCGGCCGACACCCUCUUCGCCCCGGUCAAGGAAGAGAAGCGUAAGAAGACUCGGAACACUCGCUGCAAAAGUCCUACUCAGGUGCUGAGGCUGAAGAGGAACCGGCGGAUAAAGGCGAACGACCGCGAACGUCAUCGGAUGCACACGCUGAACGACGCUCUGGAGCGGCUGAGGAUGGCCUUACCGACCUUUCCGGAGGACACGAAGCUGACGAAGAUCGAGACCCUGCGCUUCGCCCACAACUAUAUCUGGGCGCUGUCGCAGACCUUGGGCAACUCGGAGACCGGCGAGAUCACCGUGAAUGUCGGCAACGUCACCGUCAGCAUCGGCGAGAACGGCAACAUGAUCACCUCGUCGACGGGCAGCUGCGCGGUAGCCGCGCAGAAGAGGCUCGGCCCAACGCACAGCAGCUUCUCGUAUCCUCAGGAGCGAUUCGUGCCGGAAUGGCAGGAGUACGAUUGCUACAGCGACCAGAGCGUGAGUCCGCCUAUGCAGUACCAGCCCUGCUAUGACCAGAGGAUGUACCAGCCUCAUCGUCCUCAGCUAGCGCCGCCGCCUCACCAUCACAUGGCCCAUCACACCAACAUGUACCAGUGUCUUUAG